AGCACUGGUGCCGGAUAGGCAGCGUCUCUCCGCAGGCCCCGGCCGCGGCGUCCCGAAGUCUCUAAGCGAAGCGCCAUGGAGCGGCCGGCGCCCCUGGCUGUGCUUCCUUUUUCGGACCCUGCGCACGCCCUGAGCCUGCUGCGUGGCCUGAGCCAGCUCCGCGCAGAGCGCAAGUUCCUGGACGUGACCCUGGAGGCGGCGGGCGGGCGCGACUUCCCGGCGCACCGCGCCGUGCUGGCAGCCGCCAGCCCCUAUUUCCGCGCCAUGUUCGCUGGGCAGCUGCGCGAGAGCCGAGCCGAGCGGGUGCGCCUGCAUGGCGUGCCGCCUGACAUGCUGCAGCUGUUGCUGGACUUCAGCUACACGGGCCGUGUGGCGGUGAGCGGCGACAACGCCGAGCCUCUGCUGCGAGCCGCUGACCUGCUGCAGUUUCCGGCCGUGAAGGAGGCGUGCGGCGCCUUCUUGCAGCAGCAGCUGGACCUGGCCAACUGCCUGGACAUGCAGGACUUCGCCGAGGCCUUUAGCUGCGCAGGGCUGGCGAGCGCGGCGCAGCGCUUCAUCCUGCGCCACGUGGGCGAGCUGGGCGCCGAUCAGCUGGAGCGGCUGCCACUGGCGCGCCUGCUGCGCUACCUGCGCGACGACGGGCUGUGCGUGCCCAAGGAGGAGGCCGCCUACCAGCUGGCGCUGCGCUGGGUGCGCGCAGACCCGCCGCGCCGCGCCGCGCACUGGCCGCAGCUGCUGGAGGCCGUGCGCCUGCCCUUCGUGCGCCGCUUCUACCUGCUGGCCCACGUCGAGGCCGAGCCGCUGGUGGCGCGCUGCCCGCCCUGCCUGCGCCUGCUGCGCGAGGCGCGCGACUUCCAGGCAGCGCGCUACGACCGCCACGACCGCGGGCCCUGCCCCCGCAUGCGCCCGCGCCCCUCCACCGGCCUCGCCGAGAUCCUCGUGCUCGUGGGCGGCUGUGAUCAGGACUGCGACGAGCUGGUCACCGUCGACUGCUACAACCCGCAGACGGGCCAGUGGCGCUACCUGGCCGAGUUCCCUGACCACCUGGGAGGGGGCUACAGCAUCGUGGCGCUGGGCAAUGACAUCUACGUGACGGGUGAGUGCGUUGGAAGGCGCUCAGGCUGGCCCUGGGUUCGCCCCCCACCCCCAUCUUUGAGGGAGCCAACCACCUUUCUGGGAGAAACCCACUGAACUUGGAUCCGAGGGCCGAGCUGAGUCCGAGCCAAGGCAACUAUGUUUGUUGCUCCGGUUACUUUGAACCUGGAAGAAGAGCCCCUUGUGUGAGCAGGGACAAGUAGCAGCUUGUGGGUCUCUUCCCUGUGUGGUAUGGCCUGCCUGGCUGAGCCACCUCCCGGCCCGGGAGGUUCCUCCCCGUUUUUGGUUGGUAGAGACGGGCAUUCAUCCCGCACAAUGAGUGCUUUUUACUCCCCAAGGAAUGCGGGGACAGGCUGGAGGCUGACGCCUGCUGAGCCAUCCUUCUCCCCCAGCUGGUACAUUCCCUGUCCCUGCCUAGCCGCAAGGACCUCCUGACUCACAGGCUUUGUCACCAGCGACAAGGUUUUUUGGGGCUUGCACCUAGUCCCUGCGCUGUGGGUCACAUGGGUGUUUAGGCUGAGCUCCUCCGCGACUGUAAACACGGUCACAUGUUAAGAGGUUUUCUUCCAGUUACUUGGCCCAAACCCCAAAACACUGCCGAGUCAUGGUAGGCGGGCCCCAGACUGCCCCAGUGCUGGGCUUCUCCCACAUUUUUCACCAAGGAUGAAUCCUGGUUCAAACAGGCAAGCCACCCCACCUCCUUCCAUCGCGUGAGCAGGGGCGGUCUCUGUGACUGCUAUAUAAGGAAAGAACCAACUUGGUCGGGCCUCUGGCUCGCUAUCAGGCCA